AUGGUAACAUUAAAACAAAUUUGACAGCCGCACAUUACUUUUUUUUCUUCAUCUCAUCCCCGAUUUUUUUUCACGUUUGGAAAUGAAGAAUUUUUAAUUAUUAAUUAAAAUAAAUUCUAAAAAUUAAAGUAAAUAGUUUUAAAGUAUAUUUAAAAGUUAGUUUAAUAGACUAAUACACAAAAUGCACAUUCUAAGAAACAGCGCUUUGCAGCUGUUGGCUGUUUUUAUGCUGGUAGCAAUAGGUUCUGUAAAUUCCCUUUACGAAGAUCAAAUAAAAAAAUUUGAUUGGAGAACUUUACAAAUCGGUGGUGUUAAUCAGGCAUUUUUAGAGUUAAAUGGUUUUCAACCCCGUCUGGUGGUCAGUACCCGGGAAAAUGUAGUGGCCUCAUUAUGCCCUAAAACGGGAGAAAUUUUGUGGCGUCAAGUUUUUGAAAAUGGAGCCAGAGGUAGUGUUAAAUUAUUGCAACUUUCUUCGGCCUCUGCUACAGCUGAUUCUACUGCUGCUGCUAGAGCCGGUUCUAGUCAUGGUUUCGAUAUGUUAACUGUGCAGGGUCAUGCCCCUGCUUUAGUUCGUGGUUGGAAUUCUAAUACGGGCCAUUUGGAAUGGGAGUGGUCUUUAAUGCCUCUGCAGUCUGAAAAAGCCAUCAAUUCUAUGUGGUUUUAUCGUAAUUCCCUGCUCCAUCAUGUUUUACCAGUUUGGCACAGUCAUCUAGAAGUAACACAAUAUUUUGCUACUUCUGGUCAAGCUACCGGCAAUACCGCCAAAAUUACAGCUCCCUGGAUUUCACAAGAAAAAUGUAUUUUAACUGGUGUUUACUUCAGUUGUCUAGAAGGAGCAGAAUUGAUCUCUUUAGAUUUAACUGCCAAUCUGCCUCAAGUUAUUAAGAAAUCUUUAGGCAGUAUACCAACACAACCUAUAAAGGCAUUGGAGGGUCUUAAUGGCAUCAUUGGUGUCGAUGGAAAACUUGUAGCCAUUAAGGAUGAUAUUCAAACUUGCAGCAAUCUAAACAGCCAAAGCUUUUCAAUGGGACGUUUUAAAAACCAGAACGUUAUUGUUACCGCUGAAGUUAAAGACAAAAAUCUCUAUAUUGAAGGUUAUUUGGCUGAAACUUGCCAGCCUGUCACAGAAUUAUCCAAUUCUGUUGCCUAUCCCGAACAUUAUGGACCACCCACUUUAAGAACAUUUGAUUGUAAAGCCAAUCGUAACAACGAUGGCAAAGGUUGUCUUUUCAUAUUUGAUACCACAGACGAUAGUGUCUUGGCUGUGCAACAAUCGAAAUUCCGUUGGACUAGAUCUGAAGCCUUGGCUAACGUUAUAGCUAGUGAAUUUAUCGAUUUACCUUUGGCCGAUAGUGAGGGUGAAUUAGAAAAUGAAAUGAAGGGCAAAACUGCCGACAUAAUAAGCGCUUUCAUGCACCGUUUAACCUCUCAAAUGUUACACUUCAAGAGUGUCUUUCUACAUGUUAUGGGUUUGGGUCCUAAACCCUCUGAUACUCAAAAAGCCGGUUUGGUACGCGAUUCCUUUGGCCUACACAAAAUGUUGGUGAUUUUAACUAAAAGCGGCAAAGUCUUUGGUAUUGAUAACAUUAGCGGUAGACAUCAUUGGCAAUUGUAUUUGAAUAAUGUUGAAGAAUUUGCCAAUGGCGAACAGAUGCGUUUACUCAUCCAAAGAACUAGUAAACAUUUUCCAUUACAAGCUUUAUGCACCAUUGUGGCCAGAGAUAAGAUGACGGGUAAUGGUGUUCUAUACCGUUUUAAUCCCAUUACUGGUGCCCCAGCUGAAGGUGGUCUUUUGAAAUUGGAUCAUAAAAUUAAACAACUUUCUUUGUUGGCCGAAACAGAAACAGAUUUUGUUAAGGGUAUUUUAAUAAUGGAUGCUAAUAAUAAGGUUAAUGUUUAUCCAGAACAUGCUAAAUCCAAGGCUGAUGGUUUAUAUUUGUAUACUGCUGACAAAUCGAAUUCCCAAUUAAACGGUUUCUAUGUUAAAUUUGCUAAUAAUCAUUUAUCUACCCUGCCUUUGUGGAAUGUUGACUUAGCCGGUCAUUCUGGUGAUCAUAAAAUCAUUACUGUGGCAUCUAAAAAUCCCAUCGAACGUGUACAUUCCCAAGGUCGCGUUAUGCCCGAUCGUUCUGUUUUAUAUAAAUAUAUUAAUCCCAAUUUGGUGGCCGUUUUCACUCAGGCUACUGAUAGUAUACAUAAACAUUUGCUUAAUGUUUACUUAAUCGAUGUUGUCUCCGGUUCUGUUGUUUUCUCUAUGAUGCAUCGUAAAAUUCGUCCUCCUCUACAUGUGGUUCAUUCUGAAAAUUGGUUGGCUUAUGCUCACUAUAAUGACAAAGUUAGACGCACUGAAAUAACAACUAUUGAACUAUAUGAAGGUAAAACUCAAGCUAAUAGCACCGUUUGGAGUUCUCUUAACGCACCACCUAUGCCCCUAGUAGAACGUCAAUCCUAUAUUAUACCCACAAGUGUGGCAGCUAUGCGUGAAACUAUUACCGAAAGAGGCAUUACCAGUAAAGAUGUUUUGAUUGGUACUACCAGUGGUUCCAUCGUAGAGUUGCCUUGGGCUUUACUAGAUCCACGAAGACCCAUUUCAUCUUCAUCGAAUGGUCGUGAAGAGGGAGCUAUGCCCUACAUUCCAGAAUUACCGCUGCCCACAGAGAAUAUGAUUAAUUAUAAUCAAACUAUAGCUAGAUUACGUUAUAUCUAUACAGCUCCUAGUGGUUUGGAGAGUUCCUGCUUAGUGGUGGCGGCAGGUUUAGAUUUAUUUGUUACACGCAUUGCACCUUCAAAAACGUUUGAUUUGCUUAAGGAAGAUUUUGAUUAUAUCUUAAUUUCCAUUGUUUUGGUAGUUUUAACUUCUGGUUCUUUGGUGGCCAAACAUUUAGCAUCGCGCAAAUCCAUUAAACAAGCAUGGAAAUAGUUUAUUAAUAUUUUAAAUUUAAAUAAAUGUAAUUGAAAAAAAAAA